CCGCCCCUUCCCUUUUCGCCUUCUUCCCUUCGCCUUGCCUCGCCGGCCCUUGGGUGAGGCGCCGCGGGGCGGCUGGGGCGGCGCGCACCCGCGGGGUUGCGGGAGCGCGCGUCCACGAGCGUGUCCGUGUGUUGCCGUGUCCGUGUGUCCCCGUGUGUGAGUGAGUGUGUGUGGGGAGUGAGUGAGUGAGUGCAGGCGUGCGGGCGCCGGCGGAUCGGUUUCUCGGGGUUUGACCAGCUGUCCCAGGCUAACCCUGCUCUCUGAAGAUGGAGGAAGUAAAAACAGGAUUACCCUUAGCUACAGCUCCACUGCCUUAGUUUCCAUAGCCAACUGCCGUGCACAAACACACCUCCACUAGGCAGAGGGAGCCGACACUAAUAAAAACACAAACAAAAGGGGGAUGGAAGUGAUUCACUGCCUGCGCGGCUGAGUAUGUGCCAUUCCUGACCGAGUUUCCCCGCCGGCUCGUCCCCGGCGCUGCCCGGCUCCGCAUGCCCCACCUUGUGUGCCUGCCUACCUGGACUAGGGGGAAGAUAAGCACUGCACUUUGACUAUGGAAGCAGAGGCUGCUGAUGGAUAUAUAACAUGUGACAAUGAGUUUUCACCCGAAAGGGAGCACUCCGGCAUGGCCAUUGACCUCACCUCCAGCACACCCAAUGGGCAGCAUAUCUCUCCCUGUCACAUGGCAAGCACAAAUUCAGUAAAGCUAGAAAUGCAAAGUGAUGAUGAAUUUGACAGGAAGCCCCUGUGUCAGGAAGAUGAGAUCAGGGCUCAUGAUGAAGGAAGCAGCCUGGAAGAUCCUCUCACUGAGGGUAACGAGAUGAUGGAUAACAGAAAGAUCCAGGAGCUCUCAAGCGAGGGAGGAAUCCGGCUUCCGAAUGGUAAACUGAAAUGUGACGUCUGUGGCAUGGUUUGCAUUGGGCCCAAUGUGCUAAUGGUACAUAAAAGGAGCCACACUGGUGAACGCCCCUUCCACUGUAACCAAUGUGGAGCUUCUUUUACCCAGAAGGGGAACCUGCUGAGGCACAUCAAGUUGCACUCUGGGGAGAAACCAUUCAAAUGUCCCUUCUGCAGCUAUGCCUGCCGACGGAGGGACGCCCUCACAGGACACCUUAGGACGCACUCUGUGGGGAAGCCUCACAAGUGCAACUACUGUGGCCGGAGCUACAAGCAGCGCAGUUCACUGGAGGAGCACAAGGAACGCUGCCACAACUAUCUGCAGAAUGUCAGUAUGGAGGCUGCUGGGCAGGUCAUGAGUCACCAUGUACCUCCUAUGGAAGAUUGUAAGGAACAAGAGCCUGUGAUGGACAACAAUAUUUCUCUGGUGCCUUUUGAGAGACCUGCUGUUAUAGAGAAGCUGACAAGCAACAUGGGAAAGCGUAAAAGCUCCACCCCACAGAAGUUUGUGGGUGAAAAGCUCAUGAGAUUUGGCUAUCCAGAUAUUCCCUUUGAUAUGAACCUAACCUAUGAGAAGGAGGCUGAGCUAAUGCAGUCUCACAUGAUGGACCAAGCCAUCAACAAUGCAAUCACCUACCUUGGAGCUGAGGCACUUCACCCCCUGAUGCAGCACACACCAAGCACAAUUGCAGAGGUGGCCCCCGUCAUCAGCUCAGCUUAUGCUCAGGUCUAUCAUCCUAACAGGAUAGAAAGGCCCAUUAGCAGGGAAACAGCUGACAGUCAUGAGAACAACAUGGAUGGCCCGAUCUCCCUCAUCAGACCAAAGAGUCGAACCCAGGAUAGAGAGGGCUCCCCCAGCAAUAGCUGCUUGGAUUCUACUGACUCAGAGAGCAGCCACGAAGACCGCCAGUCCUACCAAGGAAACUCUGCCUUAAAUCCCAAGAGAAAGCCAAGCCCAGCUUAUAUGAAGGAGGACACCAAGGUUUUGGAUGCCACAAAAGCUUCUAAGGGCUCUUUAAAGGAUAUCUACAAAGUCAUCAAUGGAGAAGGGGAGCAGAUUAGGGCUUUCAAGUGUGAGCACUGUCGCGUCCUUUUCCUGGACCAUGUCAUGUACACCAUCCACAUGGGCUGCCAUGGCUACCGGGACCCACUAGAGUGCAACAUCUGUGGCUACCGAAGCCAGGACCGCUAUGAGUUCUCAUCGCACAUAGUCCGAGGAGAGCACACAUUCCACUAGGCCUUCUCAUCCAAAGGGGACUUGUAUGAAGUAGAAGAACUGCACAUGAAGAAAUACUGCACUUACAAUCCCACUUUUCCUCAGACAUUGAGACACCUAUUUUGUUGUUGUUGCUGUUGUUGUUGUUGCUGUUGUUUAAUUAUUAUUAUUAUUAACCUUAUUUUUUUGUGGACCCAACCUCAUUUGCUCUGCCCAGCUUAAGAAUGGAAAGAAGAGAGGGAAGGGAUAAAAGAGGGGUUUGUUGUUGCCAUCACUUUUUGGUGAGUGGCCCACCUUGCUUUCAGUGGGAAUUCAAAGGCAGCCUGUUUCUUUAUCAAUCAGCUGUACAUCAUGUCCUGUUCUGGGACAUCACUCACUCUGCUAGGUGCUUUAAAGUCCUGACAAGAUGCCACUCAUUUACAAUUUCAGACAAAUAGGUAGAAACAUUUCAGAGGAGAGCCUUUUCCAAAUGUGUAGAUACAAUGCGGGGUUUCGAUGGCUGGAGGAGAGAGGGGGAUCUUUAUUCUGCAGGAUGAACAAUUAUUUUUAAAGCAAAACUGUUAGUGAUUUAGGAGCACUAAUGAAAGUCAAUGUUCCUUUCAAAAUUACUUUCUAGGGUGAACUGUUUUCCUGGGUUCAGUGUGUAUUGCCCCUCUAGAAUGUAAAUUUAAAGAAAAAAAUAAAACCAAAAUGUAUGUCUUAACACUGUACCACAUUACAGCAGUUUAGUUUCAUAAGUCUGAGGGCCUUCUGUGGUAAGUCUGAGGCUUUGUAUUUUUAUUUUCCUUAACUUAUGAAGCACCUUUUUUAGAAUUGUUCAUUUGCUGUUACUCCAUGCCUAUGUAUUGAGUCACUGGCUUCUUAGAGACCCUCGGGAGCCUUACUUAUUUAGUUGCACCCUGUGUUUUAAGGAAUAGCAUUUAGAAAUAACUUUUACACUUGCUUCUAGGACAGUAACUGGGCUAGGAGUGGGUGAGAGAGUCUAUAGUUUACUCAAGAGGUUCUGCUGCUUUUCUGAAAUAAUUUUUUUUUUUUAAUUACGGAUUUUAAGAUGACAGAAGUCCUAAGUAGCAAAGUG